GUUGAAUGGAAUUGCGUUUUUAACGCUUGUAACUGUUUUGCCGUGAUUUGCGUUGUUGAAACCAGAUAAAAUUCAUUACUUCCUUAAAUAAAAAUCUAAUCUGUUUCAUAUGUAUAUAUAUAUAUAUAUAUCAAUAUUUUAAAAAUCUGGGAUGAGAUGUAAUUAGUAAAAUAAUUGGGAUUUUAUAUAAUAUUAUUUAGACAUUAAAUAUGUAAGUUACUCUUGAUAUAUUGAUCCAUAUCGCCUUAUCUUUUUCUUCCUAGCGGUUUUUGAAGUUUAUUGUGAUCUGAAAAAUCUUGUAGAGGUGAGAAAUGGGAAGAUUAUUUUUGUUGACUCUUGAAGGAAGGAUCUACAGCUGCAAGCACUGUGGAACUCAUCUUGCCCUUUCUGAAAACAUUGUUUCUAAGUCUUUCCAUUGCCGACAUGGGAAAGCUUAUCUCUUCAGUAAGAUAGUGAAUGUCACUUCGGGUGAGGUAGAAAAUAGAAUGAUGAUGACUGGUUUGCACACUGUGGCCGACAUUUUCUGCGUCUGUUGUGGGUCAAUCAUUGGAUGGAAAUAUGAGACUGCCCAUGAGAAGAACCAAAAAUACAAAGAAGGAAAAUCAGUGCUUGAGCGGUUUAAGAUUUCUGGCCCUGAUGGAAGCCAUUACUGGGCCAGUCAUGAAACUCAUGUUGCAGGAAGUGAUGCUGAUGAUGUUUGAUCAGCACCCAGAACAAAAAUUCUAUCCCCAAAUGUACAUUCUUCAACCCACCACCCCAUUAAUUCUUAAUGGACAAUUGAAUUCUUGAAUAGCUUGUGCUGCAGCAUCUUCUGCCUGACCUCUAUAAUAAAAUAUGGAAAAACCAUGUAUUGUUGCAAACUAACAUGACCCUCUGCCUGUAUUGUUUGCAAUGACAAAAUGUUAGUACUAGCAAUGACUUCCGCUUUCAUUACUUCAA